UGCGUUACAUGCUCUGUUGUUGUUUCACAGAUUUAUUGUUUUGACUUAGAGGCCUUUACUGUUUACGGGGACUGACAGCUGGCUAGUGUCUUAAUGUGUUGUGCAGCAUGCGUGUUCUGCAGACUCUUAAUUUGCAGUCACUUGUAAUUGUUAAAAGAAAUGGUUUCCGUGUGACGGAAAUAGCAUUACUAAUGAUCAAAAUUAUCUUUUCGCUGUUGGUUACUCCUACUAGCUUUACCAAACUCCUUGCGUUUAUUUUCCACAGCGCUUCCCAGAUCCAUGGUAUAAUUGCAGUGGUAUUUGUUUUUCUUGAUAAGUGUAUAUUCGUGUAGUUUUUAAUUCAGUUUUUUCAUUUUUCAGAGCUUAUUACAUAGAAACGGAAUUAUAUCAGAAUAUGGCUCGGAUUUCUUCUUCUAAUAUUUAUUCAUGGACACCGUGUUAAAGAAGUAUUUGUACAAUAUUACAUUUUCAAUUUACUAUUUGUAAAUUUCAUUCCAUGUAGCAUGGUGUUUCUGAUUUUGGACUCUAAGGGACGCUGUUGGUCAAUGCAACAUAUCAUCUACAGCAUUACUACACUGUCCCCUCCCUUACCACUGUGGCCUAUGAGAGAAAAGGAGGUAGAGUGCACUAUGUGGGCUGACAUUCGAGGGAAACAGACAAGUAUGAUUCAAUAUCUCCUCUAAGAUCCAUACAGUAGAGUGAAAAGGAAUUAUCGUUGUUCUGCAGAGGUGCAUUCACUGCUUUUUAACAAGAGCUUCGUGUCUGGAUUCUUGUUGAGCAUAUUUUCUUGUUUUUCUUUCGCUAUGGCAUGUGGAAUACCAGUCUUCUUCCAGAGCGUAAAAUGGCGAUUUUGCUGCGGACAGAAUUGGAAGCUGCUGUUCUUCCUUUUUUAUCUCAACCAUAUGGUCAGCGGACAUAUCAGAUAUUCUAUUCCAGAGGAGAUGAAGAAAGGCUCCCUCAUCGGUAAUGUAGCACAGGACCUUGGUUUGGAUCUGCAAAGACUCCGUUCUGGCCGGGCCCGCAUCGUGACCGGAGAGAGCAUCCAGUACACCGAGCUGAAGGCAGACAAAGGGAUUCUAGUCGUGAAGGAGAGAAUAGACCGAGAGCAGCUUUGCGGAGACGUAACGCCGUGUAGCUUCAGCUUUGAGGUGAUUUUAGAAAACCCAAUGGAGCUACAUCAAAUUACAGUUGAAAUAACAGACAUAAAUGAUCAUUCGCCCAUGUUUAAAAGAGAUGCGAUCCGUUUUGAAAUUAGUGAAUCAGCCAAUGUUGGCGCUCGGUUUCCGUUGACAAAUGCAGAAGAUCCAGAUGUGGGUGUCAAUGGUCUCAGAGAAUAUUUCCUGACCGAAAAUGAGAAUUUUGUUCUGAAACAAAACUCGAAUGCAGAUGGAAAGAAAUAUGCAGAAAUGGUGCUUCAGAAGCCUUUAGACAGAGAGACAAACCCUAAUCUGUCUCUGAAGCUGAUAGCUGUAGACGGUGGAACUCCGCAGAGAUCUGGUACAGUAAAUAUAGACAUCACUGUUCUUGAUAUUAAUGACAAUGCACCUGUAUUCAAUCAGUCUGUGUACAAAGCUACAGUAAUGGAAAACUCUCCCAGAGAUACUUACGUCACCACUGUUAAUGCCAGUGACGCAGAUUUUGGGUCAAACAGUAUUGUGACGUAUUAUUUUUCAGAUCUCAGCAGUGCUCUCAGUGAUUUAUUUACAGUAGAUGAACAAACUGGUGUAAUCCUAAUAAAAGGUUCUGUUGAUUAUGAAAAAGAUAAAAAGUACGAACUGAGAAUAUAUGCAAAAGAUCAGGGAGGUUUGACAGAUUCAAGUAAAGUGAUAAUUGAAGUAACUGAUGUAAAUGACAACGCCCCUACUAUCAGCGUCAUGUCAUUCACUAGUCCUGUGUCAGAAGACUCUCCUCCUGGUACAACUAUUGGCAUUAUAAAUGUUAAAGAUCUCGAUUCAAGUGAGAACGGUCAAGUAAACUGUAAAAUAGAACAAAAUGCACCUUUUAAGAUUAAAUCCAAUUUAAGGAAUUAUUACACUUUGGUCACAGACACUGUAUUAGAUCGUGAAAGUGUUUCAGAUUAUAACUUCAGUGUUGUUGCCACAGAUGCAGGAAUGCCUCCUCUCUCAACAAAAAGAACCUUUCACUUAAAAGUAUCUGAUGUGAACGAUAAUGCUCCACUAUUUUCACAAAAUAUCUACAAUGCGUUUAUUCCGGAGAAUAACUCUCCAGGUGUUUCUGUUCUCACGCUGAGGGCUAAAGAUCCUGAUGAAAACCAAAACGCGCGUAUAUCUUAUAUUCUGGAAGAAACUAAUAUCGGUGGAUCUCCAGUCUCUCAGUAUGUUUCUAUCAAUGCAGAAAGCGGAGUUAUACACGCAGUGCGUUCAUUUGAUUACGAACAGAUCAAGCAACUUGUUUUCGUUGUCAAAGCUCAGGAUGGAGGCUCCCCUCCACUCAGUAGCAAUGUGACUGUGAAACUAAUGAUCCAGGACCAGAACGACAACCCUCCUCAGGUCCUGUACCCAGUCCAGACUGGAGGCUCUCUGGUGGCUGAAAUGGUGCCUCGUUCAGCAGAUGUGGGCUAUCUGGUGACUAAAGUGGUGGCUGUUGAUGUGGACUCUGGACAGAAUGCCUGGCUCUCCUAUAAACUGCAGAAAGCCACAGACAGGGCGCUGUUUGAAGUGGGCUUACAGAAUGGAGAAAUAAGAACUAUCCGCCAAGUGACUGAUAAAGAUGCUGUGAAACAAAGACUGAGUGUUAUAGUGGAGGACAACGGGCAGCCCUCUCGUUCAGCUACAGUCAUUGUUAACGUGGCGGUGGCGGACAGCUUCCCUGAAGUGCUGUCUGAGUUCACUGACUUUACACACGACAAGGAGUACAAUGACAACCUGACUUUUUACUUAGUGUUGGCUUUGGCUGUAGUCUCCUUCCUCUUCAUCACGUGUUUAGUGGUUAUUAUCUCAGUGAAAAUCUACAGAUGGAGACAGUCUCGCAUCCUGUAUCACUCCAGCCUGCCUGUGAUUCCAUAUUAUCCACCACGUUACUCAGACACUUUGGGGACAGGGACUCUCCAACACGUGUACAAUUACGAGGUGUGCAGGACGACUGACUCCAGAAAGAGUGACUGUAAGUUCGGCAGAGCCGGUAGUCAGAACGUGCUGAUAAUGGACCCCAGUUCUACAGGGACGAUGCAGCGGAUACAGAGUGAGAAGAGCAUCCUGGAUGAACCAGACUCUCCUCUGGAGGUCAGUUAAAUAACUUAGCUUUGUUUCUGUUUUUUUCCUCGUAUUUUGUUUAAUCACACUGAACGUGAGUUGUUGCACGGUGUAUUUCAGCACCAUGGACAGCGUUUUACUUUGCAACACUUGAUGUGAAUACUGCUGUUGUAUUCAUUUUCAUCUCUUAAAAAUCAGUCUUUUUUCUCAGCCAGUGAUAUGAUGUGAUAUUUCUCUCUGGCUUUGUGACAUGUCACUAUAAGGCCGACUAUUAACUUAACAGCUUGCAAACUUGCUUUUCCACCUUGAAUUAACUCCAGAAUCUCUGUUGCUUAAUAUUCAUUCACUCGUCAUCGUUAUAAGAAGCUAUUUUCACGUGAAGUAGAUAAUAUACUGACGGGCAAAAGUCUCCUGUCACU